GCAUAGUCCAUAUGCUGCAGCGGGCAACACCUGGCAACGUUGAUUAUUAGACUGGCGCCGGCCCGAGCGAUUGGAGCGAUUGGAGUCUGUUCAUUGUUCAUUCGAUUCGUAGCGCAGACCCCGGUGCAACCAAAGUUCUGCUGCUCUCGUUUUUUGAGUUUUACUAGCAAGCACUUCGUAGCCAUGAAGUUCAGAUAUCCGACGCCGCGGCGGGAUGAAACUGUUGUGGACAUUUACCACGGCGUGAAGGUUGCGGACCCUUAUAGAUGGAUGGAAGAUCCCGACAGCGAGGAAACGAAGGCCUUUGUAGAUGCUCAGAACGCCGUCACAACACCCUUCUUGGAACAGUGCAAGGACCGUCAGAAGAUUAAAGAAAGGCUACGGCAGCUGUACGACUAUCCUCGCUUUGGCUGCCUCAAGAAGCACGGGAAGCGUUACUUCUGCUACAUGAACACAGGCCUUCAGAACCAAAGUGUCCUCUAUGUCCAGGACUCUCUUGAAGCUGAACCAAGAGUUUUCUUUGAUCCCAACGAGCUGUCUGAGGAUGGAACAGUGUCUGUCAGCUCAACGAGUUUUUCUGAAGAUGGAGAACUCUUUGCAUACGGGCUCAGCUACAGUGGGUCCGACUGGAUUAAGAUUUUCAUCAAGCGAGUGGCCACUGGUGAGAACUUCCCUGAGGUUCUGGAACGGGUGCGGUACACGGAUAUGUCCUGGACACACGACAACAAAGGCUUCUUCUACGGUAAAUACCCAGACGGUGAACAGAAGGCCGACGGCACGGGAACAGACAAGGCAAAGGAUCAGAAACUGUACUACCACCGUGUGGGAACACCACAGACGGAGGACGUUCUGUGUGCAGAGUUCCCAGAGAAACCUCAGUGGAGAGUGGGUGGCCAGGUGAGCGACUGUGGCAACUACGUAAUUGUGACUGUGGAGGAAGGAUGCAAGGACAACCAGCUCUACGUGGCCGAACUUUCCAAGCUCCCUGGAGGCAUCAAAGACAAGCUGGAGCUCAAGUGCCUGGUUGGUAAAUUCGAAGCCGAGUAUGACUACAUCACCAACGAAGGCAGUGUGUUCACUUUCCGUACCAACAAGAAUCGGCCACGUUACGGCUUGGUCAACAUCGAUCUGGCUGACCCUGCAGAGGAAUCCUGGAAGGACUUGAUACUCCAAGAUGAGCGGGAUGUCCUGGACUGGGCAGCUUGUGUCCAUAAGGACAAGUUGGUGGUGUGCUACCUGCGUGACGUAAAGAAUGUGCUUCAAUUGCAUGCUCUCUCAACGGGAGCAAAGAUCAUGGACUUCCCCCUAGAUGUUGGCACCAUCACUGGCUUUGCUGGUGAGAAGAAAGACCAUGAGAUUUUUUACUUUUUCACAUCCUUCCUGACGCCUGGUACCAUCUACUACUGCGACCUCAGCAAAGAGCCCAUCUGCCCCAAGGUUUACAAGAAAAUCAAUCCUCCUGGAUUUGAUUCCAGCAAGUUUGAGACUAAGCAGGUGUUCUACACUAGCAAGGAUGGAACCAAGAUUCCCAUGUUCAUUGUGCAGCAAAAGGGGCUGCCCUUGAAAUCACCGUGCCUGCUGUAUGCUUACGGAGGCUUCAACCGGAGCCUGCAGCCUUACUUCAGCGUGUCGUGCCUGCUGCUCAUGCAGCACUUGGGCUUUGUGUAUGCCAUCGCCAACGUGCGUGGAGGAGGGGAAUACGGUGAGGCAUGGCACAAUGCAGGCCGCCUCUUUCAUAAACAGAACACAUUUGAUGAUGUCCAGUCUGCUGCAGAGUACCUUGUUGAGAACAACUACACCACCAAGGACAAGCUUGUUGUGCAGGGUGGUUCCAAUGGAGGCCUGGUGGUGGCAGCGUGUGCCAAUCAGCGACCAGACUUGUUCAAGUGCAUCAUCUGCCAAGUAGGAGUGCUGGACAUGCUACGUUUCCACAAGUUUACCAUUGGCUAUGCAUGGACGUCAGACUAUGGCAGCUCAGACGAAGAAAAAAUGUUCAAUUACCUGUACAGGUAUUCACCUUUGCAUAACAUCCCAGCUGCGAUGGGCGAUGAGGUGCAGUACCCGUGCAUACUGCUGCUGACUGCCGACCACGACGACCGUGUCGUUCCGUGCCACUCGCUCAAGUUCAUUGCUCAGCUACAACACAUUCAUGGGAACUCCAACAAGCAGACAAACCCUCUUUUGAUCCACAUUGACACCAAAGCUGGCCAUGGGCAUGGAAAGCCCAUAUCCAAAGUGAUUGAUGAACUGACAGAUACAUACAGCUUUGUGGUGAAUUGCCUGAACUUGGAAUUCAAGGACUAGGUGCCAUGGACUUGCUGGUCUUCUUGCCAAAUGCAUUUUUUAUUUUUUAUUUUUUACUGGUGUGAAAUCACCAUCAGCCUCCUUGCUGUGAGAAAUUAUAGAGCUGCUCAAGGUUUUGCCAA